CUUCGGUCCAACAGUUUGUUACCACCCGUUAGCCAAAGCGAUAUGUCGUGGGUUCCUUCUCCAGAGGUUGUGUCGCAGCUGAAGCAAGUGCUUGCAGCAACGCUGUCGGCCUCAGCUCAGGUGCGUCAUCAGGCUACCGAAGCUCUGUCACAGGGUAAACAAUUGGAUGAUUUCACCAAUUAUUUGUUGUUCAUCUUGGUGGAAGAAUCAGAUACACCCGCUGAGAUUCGAGCAGCCUCCGGUGUUACACUCAAGAAUGAUCUGCGUAGAGAUUUCCAUCUCGGUGAUAAUGAGUACCUCUUGUCAAACGUAUUCAAAGGCUUGUUAGCACAGAACACGCUGGUUAGAAAUAUCACAGGUAAUGUCAUCACAACGAUAUUUGCCGCUCUAGGUGUGAAACAAUGGCCUAAUGCAUUGCCACAGCUCUUGGAGCUGGCUCAGAAUGGUGAUGUUCUGGCACAAGAAGGUGCAACUGGUGCAUUGGCGAAGAUUUGUGAAGAUUCCAGUCAUAUAUUGGAUACCGAGUACAACGGACAGAGACCAUUAGAUUUCAUGGUUCCCCAGUUCAUCCAACUUACAGCUUCCUCAUCACCAAAAGUCAGGGCCAAUGCACUGUUUUCCUUGAACCAGUUUGUUCCAUUGCAAACACAGGGUUUCUUGGUUCAUUUGGACGAUUUUCUAGGAAGAUUGUUUCAACUCGCAACAGAUGAAGACAAAGACGUUAGAAAAAACGUCUGUUCUGCCUUUAUUGGUAUCCUGGAGACGAGACCGGACAAGCUCACUCCACAUCUGGAAGGAGUCAUUAACUACUCUCUUCACUCUAUCGAAAAUGAAACAGAAGAAGAAGUUCAAUUGGAGGCCUGUGAGUUCCUUUUCUCAUUAGCAGGUUCUGAUUUUGCAGAGAGAUUGAGUACAGAUCUCUUGUCAAAGAUCUUGCCAGUUCUGUUGAAAUCUAUGGUGUACUCGGAGAUGGAUAUUCUUUUGCUCGACACAAAUGAUGAUGCAGAUGAUGAGGAUAAAGAGGAGGACAUCAAGCCAACAAACGUCAAGUCAAGAACUGCUCAGAGUCAUACGUUGAAAGCUGAUGAUGAUGAUGACGAUGAAGAUGAUGAUGACGAUAUUGGAUUUGGCGUUGGAUGGAAUCUGAGAAAAUGUAGUGCUGCCACACUUGACAUCUUGGCUUCAGCUCUUCCUCAGCAAGUCUUGCAAAUAAGUUUACCAAUUUUAAAGGAGAACAUCGCUUCGGAUCAUUGGCCCUUGAGAGAAGCUGCCAUUUUGGCAUUUGGUGCAGUAGCUGAAGGUGGCAUUGAGUUUGCAUCUCAGCAACUUCCUGCCUUGGUUCCGUUCCUUGUGGAGCGUUUAGGUGAUAGUGAGCCAAGUGUCAGACAGAUAACAUGCUGGACUCUUGGGCGUUAUUCAUCUUGGAUAUGCUCAGAAGCACACAAGGGUGGUGCAUACUCAAACUAUUUCCCACCAACGUUCCACGCAAUCAUCACAUGUGCCUUGGAUAAGAAGAAGAUUGUCCAGGAGAGUGCAUGUAGUUCUGUGGCUCAGUUUAUCGACAGUGCUGAUCAGUCUCUCAUCCAACCAAUUUCCUCGCAGUUGAUUGAGAUGUUCCGUAACUGCUUUGUGCUCUACAAGAAAAAGAAUAUGGUUAUUUUGUACGAUGCUGUUCAGACUCUUGUCGAGAGGGUGGAGUUAGAGCCUGCACAGAUAUCUGCUUUAUUGGAGCCACUUGUUCAUAAAUGGGAGAUUCUUCCUGACGAUGACAAAGAACUUUGGCCUUUGAUGGAGUGUUUGUCAUCUGUUGCUGCAUCUAUGGGUGAAGGGUUUGCACCAUUUGCUGUCCAGGUGUACCAACGUUCUGUUAGAAUUCUCAGCCAGUGUAUUGAGCUUGACCAAAAGAGCUUAACCGACCCAUCGAUCCAUACUCCAGAGAAGGACUUCAUUAUCACGUCACUGGACUUGAUUGAUGGCUUGUGUCAAGGGCUGUGUGAAAUGAGUGGUGGCUUAAUGGACGAUACUUUGAUGAAAUUGGUUCUGGAGACGUUAAAGGAUACAAACGAUGACGUUCGCCAGAGUGCCUAUGCACUCUUAGGUGAUAUGGCUAUGUAUCUAUCGCCUAUGCUACAGAACUGGCUAGACGAGAUUGUGGAGUUCUCGAUACAGGAGAUUGUUACAAGAACCUACGAUAGCUUCGCAGUGUGUAAUAAUGCCACAUGGUCGCUGGGAGAGAUUGCCCUGAGACUAGAUCUCACCAAUCAUCUUGAGAAGCUCGUCGGCGUUUUGAUCGAUUUGUUGAAUUCUCAGUCUUCCUCCACAGUUCUCGAGAAUGCUGCGAUCACCAUCGGACGCCUGGGGAUGAGACAUCCGGAGUUCUUUGGCGUUCAUCUCCCAGAGUUUGCUGAACAGUGGAUUCUAGCAAUGACAUACAUGGAGGAGAAUGAGGAGAAAGAGACCGCAUUUCAAGGCAUGUGUCUCAUUGUCCUCUCGAACCCGGCUGGCCUGUCUGGCGAGAUGCUCGUCAGAUUCUUCGAGUGCAUGGCCAUGUACUCACAACCUGGACAAGCCCUCGGAGAGUCUUUCCACAAGUUGAUGUUAGGAUACAAGUCCCUAUUGGCUCAGGACUGGGAGCGUUUCAUUGUUACAGUUACAGAUGGCCAAUCGCUGGUCCAAAGAUACGGGGUAUAAGCUUGAGAAACACGUACAAGCAAGAGACAGAGAGAGAAAAAGGAAGGGCCUUUCUGGAAGGAAUGCCAGUGCCGAAUAAAAUGCUUUAGAGAUCGUAUACGUU